AAAAAGUACAAUUGAUCGAUCACAUCCAGCCUUUAACACUACAACUAAAUCGAAACGUGUAGAAUUUGAAAUCCCACUUGUAGUCACAUCUAAAUCAAAUGGAAAAUUUCCACAAGCUCCGAGUUAUUCAGAAGAUGAAGAUAACGUUGAGGUACUAAAAAAUUACGAUAAUAUUGAAUAUUUACAUGUCUGA